CAUCAGCACAGGCUCGUCGCGUUGCCAUCACAACAACCUUCCGAGGACUCAUCUUUCACGUUCGAUAUCAUGGCCGAUACAGCAGAACAAAUCGACACGGCGCCGGUCGUCGAGCAAGAGGGACAGGACAUGGUGUUAGCGACAACGAAUGCCGAGGUUGCAGCGCCAACUGGAAAGAAAGUCGUCAAGAAGAUCAUUCGCAAGAAGAAGCGACCCGCGCGAGCCCAAGUCGACCCCGAUUUCGUCACAUCAGAACCCCCUCCUCAAACCGGUACAAUCUUCAACAUCUGGUAUAACAAGUGGUCUGGUGGUGAUCGAGAAGACAAGUACCUAUCGAAGACCAAGGCGAAGGGUCGCUGCAAUGUCGCCAAGGAUAGCGGAUAUACCAAGGCCGACGCGAUGCCUGGAAGCUACUUCUGUUUGCGCUUUGCGCGCGGCGUUUGUCCCAAAGGUCAAGACUGCGAUUUCCUUCACAGGUUACCUGGAACAUACGAUCACUUCAACCCCAAUGUCGACUGCUUUGGACGCGACAAGUUUUCCGAUUACCGAGACGACAUGGGUGGUGUCGGAAGUUUUAUGAGGCAGAACAGGACAGUGUAUGUUGGAAGGAUUCACGUUACAGACGAUAUCGAAGAGAUUGUGGCGCGACACUUUGCAGAAUGGGGCCCUGUCGAGCGCAUUCGUGUUCUCAAUACCCGAGGUGUCGCUUUCAUCACAUACGUCAACCAAGCCAAUGCCGAAUUUGCCAAAGAGGCCAUGGCACAUCAGUCUCUCGACCACGAGGAAGUGCUCAACGUUCGCUGGGCAACAGCCGAUCCCAACCCUAUGGCGCAAGCUCGAGAGGCACGCAAAAUCGAGGAGCAAGCCGCUGAAGCUAUACGAAGAGCUCUUCCCGCAGAAUUCGUCGCUGAAAUCGAAGGCCGAGAUCCCGAAGCUAGAAAGCGACGGAAGAUCGAAAGCAGUUAUGGUCUUGAGGGAUACGAGGCGCCCGAUGAAAUUCAUUUUGCCCGAGGCACUCAGGCAGUAAACCCCCUGGGUCGAGCAGGAUUCGAAGUAGAAUAUCAGGAACGACCAAUGAUUGAAACCGGAGAGUCCGGCGAACCACCGGCUCAAGUUGAAGAGCAACAGCCUCAGCCUCAGCCUCAACAAGAGACUGGCGGUAUCUUCUCAGGCAGCACCCUUGCGGCUCUCAAUAAGGCCAAGGUUUCGGUAGCAUCGAAACCCAAAGCAGCGGCUACGACAGGACCUUUGGUGGCAUAUGGCAGUGAUAGCGACAGCGAUGAUGAAUAGGGACAAGGCGUUUUGAUUGAUAUUUAGAAAUGCAUAGAUAUUUUGUAUUACAAUAAUGAUACCACAAGCAGCACACGAUAUUAGCUGUUGAAAAUUCUAGAGUACA